AUGGAGCAGUAUGAAAUUCUGGAGCAGAUUGGGAAAGGUUCCUUUGGUUCAGCUCUUCUUGUGAGGCAUAAACAUGAAAAGAAGAAAUAUGUGCUGAAGAAGAUUCGUCUUGCUCGUCAAACUGAUAGAACUCGCAGGUCUGCUCACCAGGAGAUGGAACUUAUUUCCAAAGCAAGAAAUCCAUUUAUCGUGGAGUACAAAGAUUCCUGGGUAGAAAAGGUAUGCAGGUCUUUGGCAGAAGCUAUAAAAAAGGCCAGUGGUGUUCAUUUUCCUGAAGAGGUUGUUAUUCUUGCAUCACAGCCACUUUUGACUCACUCUGCUAAACUUUGCAAAUGGCUAGUGCAACUCCUGAUGGCUCUUGAUUACUUGCAUGCCAACCACAUUCUUCAUCGUGAUGUGAAAUGUUCAAAUAUAUUUUUGACAAAAGAUCAAGACAUUCGUCUAGGUGAUUUUGGUCUUGCUAAGAUGCUAACUUCAGAUGACCUUGCUUCUUCUGUUGUGGGAACUCCCAGUUACAUGUGCCCUGAGCUUCUUGCUGAUUUACCCUACGGUUCCAAGUCAGAUAUUUGGUCUUUAGGCUGCUGCAUAUAUGAGAUGGCAGCUCACAAGCCUGCAUUUAAAGCUUUUGAUAUACAAGCACUGAUUAACAAAAUAAAUAAGUCUAUAGUGGCUCCUCUUCCCACCAUGUACUCUGCUCCAUUCCGAGGGCUUGUUAAAAGCAUGCUGCGGAAAAAUCCAGAACUUCGACCAAGUGCUGCAGAGUUGCUUGGUCAUCCGCAUCUUCAACCUUAUCUCUUCAAGAUUCAUGUAAAGUUGAAUAGCCUGAGACGGAAUACUUUCCCUGUUGAAUGGUCUGAUUCCAACUUCAUGAAGAAUGGUAGGUUUGUGGACUCAGAAGCUGUUCCCAGUUCUACUUCCAGAGAAAAGAGGCGAUCAUUCGGCAAUGACAGGGCUUUGAAUCCUAGUAUAUCGGGAACUGAACAAGACUCUCCCCAUUCUUCUCAAAGAGCUCAGGAAUCCCCUAGUUAUUUGAACCGAAGGUUUACAGAGUUAACUGUUGGUGUUGUCCAUGAAGUUUUUGGUAAUAGGGCUUCAGAGUUCUUAACAGCUGCCAAGACCCCAAGAUUUAUGCCCUCAAAAGUUUCUGCUACUCCUAGAAGAGAGUCAACGCCAUCCAAGAUAUCAUAUACUUAUUCAAAGCGUGAUUCGUUUCCAGUAUCACGCGCACUGAGCAAAUCUUCCCAUACUACGCGCAGAGCAUCUCUUCCAUUCCCAAUGAGAGCGGCAGCCCCAGAAACCCCUUAUAACGCCAAUCCUGGUCUUCUUCACAGCAUGGAUUCUCCAAAUGUUUCUGUGAAUGCUCCACGAAUUGACAAGAUUGCAGAAUUUCCAUUAGCCUCUUCUGAAGAUCCUUUGAUUCCCAUCCGUAGAACAUCAUCAACCUCAGCACAAUGCUCUUCUACAUCACCAGGCAGUGUUGACUGCUCAAUCACAAAGGACAAGUGUACAGUCCAGGUUAUGGAGAGAGCUGUUUCUAAGCAGCGUAUAACUGACGUCGGCCAGCAAAUUGGAAGUGAAUGCUCGGAACAUAAUCCAUCAGGUGGCAUUUCGAGCCGUCAUUCCUGUGACUCGAGACAACUGCAUCGGUUCGACACCUCGUCAUACCAACAACGUGCUGAAGCUUUGGAAGGAUUGCUUGAGUUUAGUGCACGACUUUUGCAACAGGAACGGUUUGCUGAGCUUGGGGUGUUGUUGAAGCCAUUUGGGCCUGAGAAGGUUUCUCCCAGGGAGACUGCCAUUUGGUUGGCGAAGAGCUUCAAAGAAACUGCAGUCCAGCAAGAAACAUAA